AGUGAAGUUAAGCGUAUCUCCAUGGUCGUAGUUUGGUAGUAUCUGUCGGGUCGCGGAUUCCGUGCUAGACUCGAGGUGAAAGCUAUGGCAUAAGGAACCCGCGACAGACCUACCUAUGGUUCUCAAAUGCUGGCGCUAGUUUUGACUUUGGGCAUUCUGUUGCGGCUUCCGUGCGAGGGUUUUAAGGUUAGCAGCAGAUAUAAAGUAGUUAGGGCCCUUUUCUCUGUUUGUGGGUAUAUUUGGGGAGCUGGUACCCCAUAGCGAGUAAACUCGUGCACACAACCAGAGGGCUGAGCACUCACCGGAGGCGCAGGGCUCCGGCUUGCUUUCGGAGGUGAGACCUAUAGGGCUGACUGGACGACGAUAGCGCCGGCGCGUGAUUAGUUUCAGCAGAUCGGAGCUGACUUGGUGACAGCUACCGGUCUCGCUUUUCUAUCUUCCUCUGGUCUUUCUUUUUUCUAGUUUGUUAGUUAGGCCUGCUCCGCCACAAAUAUAGACAAGCUGGGUCUGGGUGUUGAUCUUGAUGGAGAAUAUAUAACAGACCAUAGCUAUCUUCGUAGGAUUUCGCGUAGACUAAAUUAUCAGAUGGGCGGAGUAGGCCGGAACAAAUUGGACCUGCUAACCGAUCCCGUGCGCGUCCGUCAUUCAUGACCCUCACCAGCGUCGACCCCCUGGGGCGAAUGUCUCAC